UGUGUGUCAGGAAGUGGACUGAAGUGACUGGAGUCUUGGUUGAUUUGUCGCUCAUGCUCUUCUGCUCAUUGAUCAUUUUCAUUGAUGCAGACUAAACAUGUGAAACACUGUUAUUGCAUCUCCACUGUAUGUAAAGUAUGUCUACCUGAACUGGGUGAAGCUGUUCUCAAAGCUACAGUAUAUUCCUGAUGUCUUACCACACAAUAUUUAGGGUGUAUUUUUUGUGUUUUUCAUGAACAGGUUGGAAUUUAGUGAAACGUAGAAAAAGAAAAUUGUUAAAUCUCUGAAUCCUUUAAGAAUCUGUUUUGAACAAGUAUUGUUUAAAUUUCAGCUACACACAUGCACACACACCUUAUCCUCUCAUCACAUCACUGAAAUAGUGGAGAUUGUUCAUUUGAUUGUUAUGUUGACUGUUUUUUACUCCUUGCUAUGGAUUCUGUUUUUAUUUCAGGGAAUUAUGCAUGGAAUUUAACCUUAGGUUGAGUAUUUUAUUAUGUUUUGGCUUUUUUUUGUUGUUGUUUUUUUUUGAGGGGGGUCAAUAACUAAAUAAAGGAGACAAUUUGAAGAAAAGAAACGCUUCCUUGUAUGUGUUUAAUUGGCAUGGGGCAGGUUCACGCUGGGAGAAGGGUGACCAGCGUUUGACGCUGAGAGGAGGGUGGGAGAUAAAGUGUUGCUGACGUGUCUGUGCACCAAUAGGAAGGCGGGGAUGAUUCGCACGUUGGCACAAUUGGCUUAAAAUAAAGACUACUGCGUCCUAGGAGUUUCUGCGAUGAUUGGUGAAGGAUUGUGCAUUGAAAAUCAUCAAGCUGGAGCUGUGUGUUUGAUAGCAGCCAGCGGGGACUGAAAAGCAGACGAUGCAGCAGAAUGGUGCUUCCAGUUUCCUGCAGUGUUUGUGUGCGGGAUUAGCCGCUCCUUAGCUUUGUGUGUGUGCAGACGCAGGGUGCUCCGAGCCGCCAGCCUGGCUCAGGUGGAUGCGCCUGCAGUGAUCCAGGUAGCCCCUAUGGAUCGCGUCCAUGGAUGUCUUCAAACCCGCUUUGGACAAUAGUUUGAGUCCCAAGGCGUGCGUUUCCUCAUCGGAAGAAGCAGAGGCAGAUGUUUUUCGCUGGCCGACACCGGAGAAUGGCAUCAGCGCCGCUCCACGAGCGGAACCCGCCGCAGCGGGUUUCUGGACGGCCGUGUUCGACUAUGAAGCGACUGCGGACGACGAGCUCAGUCUGCGGAGGGGGGACCUGGUGGAGGUCCUGUCCAAAGAUUCCCUGGUGUCGGGGGAUGAGGGCUGGUGGACCGGUAUGAUAGCAGACCGGGUUGGCAUUUUCCCGUCUAAUUAUGUGAGCAAAGGAAAUGGCAUUCCGGAGGAAAUGCGGGACACCCCAGAGCAGCAGUACUCUGUGCCUUCUCUGCACCUCCUGGAGAUUGAUUUCUCAGAGCUGACCCUGGAGGAAAUCAUCGGGGUGGGCGGUUUUGGAAAAGUCUACCGUGCAGUGUGGCGGGGCUCAGAGGUGGCAGUGAAGGCAGCACGACGGGACCUUGACGAGGACGUGGAGCAGACUCUGGAAAGCGUGCGUCAGGAGGCCAAACUUUUCGCCAUGCUUAACCAUCCCAACAUCAUGGCUCUGCUGGGGGUGUGUCUGCUGGAGCCCAACCUGUGUCUGGUCAUGGAGUACGCCCGGGGCGGGCCCCUCAACCGGGCCCUCGCAGGGAAACGCAUCCCUCCAUGCACGCUGGUGGACUGGGCCGUGCAGAUCGCCAGGGGCAUGCACUACCUCCACAGCCAGGCCAUCGUCCCCAUUAUUCACCGGGACCUCAAGUCCAGCAACAUCCUAAUCCUUGAGAGGGUUGAGAUGGAAGACCUCAGCAACAAGACUCUGAAGAUCACAGACUUUGGACUGGCUCGAGAGUGGCACCGCACCACCAAGAUGAGCGCCGCCGGCACCUACGCCUGGAUGGCUCCCGAAGUCAUCCGCUCAUCUACAUUCUCCAAGGGUAGCGACAUUUGGAGUUAUGGCGUGCUGUUGUGGGAGCUGCUGACAGGAGAAGUUCCAUUUCGGGGUAUUGAUGGUCUUGCAGUGGCUUAUGGGGUGGCAAUGAACAAACUGGCCUUGCCCAUUCCCUCCACCUGUCCUGAGCCCUUUGCACGUCUUAUGGAGGACUGCUGGAGCCUAGACACUCACUCCCGGCCACAGUUCACAACUAUUCUGGACCAGCUGACGGCCAUCGAGGAGUCUGGCUUUUUUGAGAUGCCAGCAGAGUCCUUCCACUCUCUGCAGGAUGACUGGAAACUGGAGAUUCAGGAAAUGUUUGAUCAACUGAGGACCAAGGAAAAGGAGCUGCGAUCGUGGGAGGAGGAGCUGACCCAAGCGGCACUGCAGCAGAAGUGCCAGGAGGAGGCGUUGAGGAGGCGCGAGCAGGAACUUGCUGAGCGGGAGAUCCACAUUCUGGAGCGAGAGCUCAACAUCAUCAUUCACCAGCUCUACCAAGAAAAGCCUCUUGUGGAGAGCAGGCAGGGCAAGUUCCGCCGCAACCGCCUUAAACUCAAGGAUGGAAACAGAAUCAGCUUGCCUUCAGAUUUUCAGCACAAAAUCACAGUGCAGGCGUCUCCCUCACAUGAUCGGCGGAGGAGUUUGCUCAGCAGCAGUUCCAGUCCUCAGACCAGUCCACCUAUGUUGCCCCGCCUGAGAGCCAUCCAACUCACUCCAGGGGAGGGAUGUGCAGCCUGGGGUUGCAACACAGGUUUUCAGCAGGAUGAAGAGGAGGCUGAGAGGAAGGGGUCCAGGAAAAAGGGCAGAUCCCGUGGGUGUGGCCCAUACAGGGAGCACAGUGCUGAUGCUAGUGUAAAGCCUCCCCAAGAAGGCAGCAGGCAGCGGUCCUGCAGCGCCCCAAACCUUCGCAGAUCCCCGAGACACAGUCCAGCUGUGCCUGGAGUGCCAAGCCUUGUGGAGAUGGAAAAUGAAGACUGCUGCUUCACUACUGAGGCAGGACCAGCUCCUGGUCAGUCCUACCUCUGCAUCCCCUUCCAUAAAGAGGGCCACACGGCUGCUGCUGCUGCUGACGGUGAUGGAGAUGAGUACUGCCCCAGUGGCCAUGUUCCAGAAACACCGCCAUGCAGGAAGAGCCCCGGUGGGGGCCGGCGGUCUGAGCUGGUCCUGUUGGGCUGUGGAGCUCUACUGGCAGCCGUCGGACUGGGCUGCAACCUGUUAACUUUGUCCCAACCGGAGGAGAGCAUCAAAUCACGAUGGGAGGGUUUCUUCCACAGAACAGGGGGCCAGAGGCGGAGCACCAGCCCCCAGACUCACAAACUGUUCCGGCGGGAAAGCCCGCUGAAACCCUCGGCGCCCUCGCUGCCUGAGCGAGGCUUGCCGUCCUCUUACACGCUGCUGUCCCUAUCAUCAGUGUCUGACUGCAACUCUACCCGCUCGCUGCUGCGCUCUGACAGCGAGGACUUGUUGGUCUACCAGCCUAGUGUCUCACAGCAUCAGGCCAUCCAAACCCCAGUCAACCCGCUGGUAAACACCCACCUUGAGAGCUUCAAGCGUAACCCCCGCCAGUCUCUCACACCCACACAUGUACCCUCUGCCCCAAGUUCUUCACGUAGCCUGCGUCGAACACCAUCGGAUGGAGCCAUCAAGAAGAGCUGCCCUCCUAAUAAUCUGGAACCACUGCCAGAAAGAACAGCAUUAGAGAAUACAGGUGGCUUCAGAGGUUUAAAAGAGGACUGUCCUGAGGUCCCCCGGCUCCCCGAUCCAAAUGUUGUGUUCCCUCCAACUCCCCGUCGUCGCUGUGCUCCUGAACGCCCCAAAACCCUUGACUUUGUGGCUCGGCCUCGGCCUUCACCUCGGGCACGCUGUGAUGUGUUUUGGGCGGAAGUCAGGCCUAGGGGAAAUGGACAAAACCUGGGUAACAGCGAGUCCCCCGCCCACACUUCCAGCACAGAGACUCCUCCGACUGUAGAGUUUGGUAGAGACCCGGCGGUGCUCCCCACCCCAAUGGAGGCCCCGACGCCCUACUCCCCCCGCAGGAAGGAAAACCUGUUGGAUCAGCUGGAUGAAGGACAGUGCCGGGAUGGAACCAUCCCACUCUGCAGACCGGAGAUCAGCUUUCCCAAAGACUCACCUUACCGCUACAGACCUGGAUUCUGGUCCUAACUCAGCCCCAUGUGCAAACAGCCCGGGCCCUUCACCGGUCCAACACCAGGAGGGGACUGUCCCUGCUGUUAGCCUUUGGAUUGUUACAGGUCUGGGUCAAUUAGUACUUACAAAAUUAAUCUGUUUCUAGCUUUAAUCAGUACGUAAUGGGGGUGGUUCACCUCUCCCCAUCUACUAUAUUGUGACUAAAUUACCGAAAGACAUUUACUGUGAAUAUUUUACCUUUCUGACAUUUGUUGUAUUUCCAUUUGUGAUAAAAAUCCAAUUUGGCAUCGAAACUGCUAAAACAAACCCUGAAAAGUAUUUGAAAAUAUUUAUUUGACCCAGGUUUGGUUGUUAAUGCAUUAGAGGGACAGAAUAUCCAUUUCCUUGACUUCUCUCACUUUCGGAAACCCUGUCAUUUGUCAUUUGAGAUGUAAAGGCUUUUUUUCUUUGGGAAUAAACUGAUUAAUGGCUUUAUAGCAGAAUGUUAUUGUCAUUUCAAACCUGAGUUCAAGAUUGUGCAUUUAAUGAAGUGCACUUUCAGAAAGCAUCAUGAAUGUAAAGCUUCAGGUUUUUUCCAUUGUCAAAAACGCUGUCUCUGAUGAUUUGUAAUUUGUCGGUAAAAGCAUUGUGUUAUUCGAACUCAUCUGUAUAAUUAACUCUCCUUUGUUAGUGGCUGAUGGAUUCCUGUUUUGUACUGAGCACCUGUCAUCACCAAUCACUUGUACAGAGUAAUAUCCCAGGGACAGGGGAUGCUGUUGUAUAAUAUGAGCACUUCAUUGCAUUAGCAACCUGCAGUCUUGAAACAGUGUCAGUACAAUAAUGUCUGACACGGUCUCGGGCCCUGUACACUGAACUGUAUUGUAAAGAAUAAUGUUACUACUGCUUGGGUUUGAAGUGGGACCGAAACACUGUCCGGAAGUCACAACCAAAUAUAUCAAAGAACUCAUUAAUUCCCUGUCGAGUUCAUUCUUUGUUUGUGACCCUGUCAGAGCAGCUUGUUUGGAUCCCGACCCACCAGUUGAGAAACAUUUCUCCAAACUAAAAAUGGAACUUCGUAUUUGUAACUCUGUAAAUUGUCUGCCUCAUAAAUUGUUGAUCAAGAGAAGAUGAGGGAUGUGAAGUGUGUAUUAUGUAAGCGACAAACUGCACGAGUGUGGAAUGGCACACAGGUGAAGCAGGCCCUGGUGGCAUGUGGAAGUUCAUUCCUGAUUAUUUAUAUGUGUAAUGAUUUAUUUAAUUUAAUUUAUUGAUUAAUUUAUCUGAUGGUUUAUUUUUGUAAUUCAUUGUAUUUGCCUUGAUUUUUGACACUCGUUAAUGUUGUCCAUGAAUGUUUUUAAGAGUUAAAUGAGGUUUCCAACAAAAUGCAGCCACAUUGUACUUGCUUCAUAUUCAUUUGUCUGUUUCAUACAUUUUAAAUUAUCUACAGGUUGUUUUUUGUUUUUUUGCUGCAGGUUUUUCUAACAUCUUUAACAAGGGUGCAAGUAGUUUGAAUCAAACUAGAGAAUUAAAGCUGACACAAUUAGUUAAUCAAUAUUUUCAUAACCGAUUUAAUUGUUUUAAGUAAUUUUUUAAGUAAAAAUAACAAACAUUCCCUAGUUCCAGUAUCUCAAUUGUGAGAAUUUGCUGCUUUUCUUUAUCUUAUCUGAUAGUAAACUGAAUUUUGUUCAGGACUGUUGUCCUGGCAAAAUGAACAAUUUGAUGACAACAAGUUGGGCUCCAGGAAAUUGGGAAUGGGUCUUUUUUAAUUUUUUAGACUAGACAAUUAAUCCAUUAAUUGAGAAGAUAAUCAACAGAUUCAUCGAUAAUGAAAAUAAUCAUUAGUUGCAGCCUCAAAUCCAAUAGUCAAAAAAGGUAUUUAACUGAGCUAAAUGCAUGCAAACUGGGUUGUGCAGAUUUGUUCAUUUUUGUUUCCACAUUUUACUUGUGUUUGUCUGGACCGGACUGGAGUUAAAUAUCAAUUUCAAAUAAUUUUUUCAACCUUUUUUUUUUUUACCUGCUUGACAAGGAAAUUCACAAUAUUGGGGGGAUUUCAGGUAGUGCCAGGUUACUGAUAAAUCCUACCCAUCAACUGUCAAACUAGCAGGUAAAAAAUGAGCUAAUAAAUUUUCAAUUAUUUGAAAAACACUAUCUAACUCUUAAUACCUGUUUCUCUCAUUUCAUUUUCAUAUGUCAAGUGACCUCUCAGCCUGGACGACCGCAUCCUCUAAGAUUUGAUCUGUCUAUAUCCCAAGUGUGACCCGAUGUACAUGUAAAUGUGAAUGCUUUUUCUCUGAGGACUGUGCAGAAUGUGAUCAUGUUCAAUGUACAAACUCAGUAUUUCAACUAAGGUUGCUAGUUGAAACAAAGCUCUCCCUCUGAGGUGUAGCCAAGGUGUCAUUAUCUGUCUGAAAUGUUACCAUGAAUAAGCUGAUCUUACUGUAGGUGAUGGACAUUGUUCAGGUUGGGAAUAAUACUGUUAUUGACUAACUUGUAUUUGCACUGCAACACACUGAUUUGAGUAAAAUCAUAGUAAACAAUC